CUGCAGAUGAGUGGAAAGUUGUGUGGCGCGAGCGGGAAACGAGUUUAAAAAGAAAACAAAACAUUAUUAACUUCCUCACGUCUUCACACAGAUCCACAGACUCCCUAAAUCUGUUUAAUUUUAGAUUCGAGCAGGGUUUAUGUGUAUUUUUGAGGGCUGGUCUUAUUGUUUUUGCAGCUGUGCUGGCUAACUGAGUGACGGUUGCUAAGGUGAGAAACUGCCAGCGCUGCCAAGGCGACAGUUGCUGGACUGACGCGGCUGGUGUUGUUUUUGUUUUCCUUUUUUUGUUGUUGUUUGUUUUUUGUUUGUUUGUUUUUUCCUUUGCGGUACGGACAGCUACAUGUUAUCUCUAAGAGAAGGCGGGUAGGCUGUUUCCGAGGAACCAGCCCUGAUAGACAUUUUUGAUUUAUUAUUUCUGUGUGUGUUUUCCUCCGUCCCGUCGAGCUCGCUCUCUGUCUGCUCAUGACUUAUUCAUAAGCGUCACGCUUGGAGGCGGGACUAUGCAAAAUCACGGCGGUCUGGAGGCGGAGCUACGCACAGGAAAGGUCCUUCAGAUCAAUGCCUGAUCUUUCAGUACCAGCUGGCACUAAACCCACUGGAAGAUGAUAGAGAUGUCUGUUGAUAAAGAGACUGUAUUACCCAGUGAGCGGCCAGGGGGCGCCUCCUUACCCCCACCACCCCAACAGCACUCUCUGCUUCAUGAUAAACGCACUGAAGACCCUCAGCAACCCUCGGAGACGACAGUCCAACACAGCACCAAGGAGGAUGAGGCCUGUAACCUUGGUGAGCGCGGAGACAACAAAACGGCCUUCGUCCCCAGCCAGGCUGCCCUUGAUCUCACCACCCAGAACCAGAAUGGUGUCCAGCUCCCUAAACCUCAACAGAGGCUAAACAAGCGUCGCAGCACGAUGAACAGCGGCUUCAAACACCCCAUCUUCGGCAAACGCCGACGGCGAGCCACCUCGGAGAGCGAGUCGGUCCUGCCUACCAAUUUCCUCCUGGGAGGGAACAUCUUCGACCCGCUAAACCUCAACAGCUUAUUAGACGAGGAGGUGAACCGAGCGCUAAAUGCCGAGACACCGAAAUCUUCGCCCCUGCCGGCCAAAAGCAGAGAUCCUGUAGAAAUCCUGAUCCCAAGAGACAUAACUGACCCGCUAAACCUGAACUGCUGCACAGCUGGUGACGGGGGACUUCUUUUAACUCCAUUAAAGAGCGGUGGAAGUGGUAGGAGGCGACACCGAAACAGACAUCACGGUGGAGCGGCAGGAUUGGGAGGAACUGGGAGAGGAAGUGAAGGAACGGUGACCCAGUUUGACGUUUCUGAUUCUGAGAAAGGAAAAGUGUGUUCAGCGUCGCAGACAGAGUUGGCGUUAGUGUCCUCAGGGCCUCCUUUGGCCUCCGAGGCUGCGACUGAGGACGUUUUGGAGUCCAACGCCGUUCCAGCCCAGGAAGCUCAGUGUCCUAGUGGGCCAAACUCCACAGCUGGCCGAGAAGAAAAGGAUGAGAAGCCAGUUGUGUCGGAAAACGCCACACCUUCCACGACUGUCACACCUACCACCCACCGGCAACGUAAACGCAAACGCACCACCAGCAAGUCCGAGAACUUUGGUGCCCCCUGCUGGGACAAGAACAAAGCUCCAGCUUCUGGAUCUGGAUCAGGAAGGCAGCCUCAGCCCAAUCGUGCCCAAGGAAUGGGCCCCCAGGGCCAACAACAGCACCCAAACCACAGGAGGCAACAGAGGAACCAACAGAAACCCAUCCAGCAACACCAACAGCAGAACAAGAACCAGCAGCCACAACGACAGCAGCAGAAAAAGAAGUUUCAAUAUGGCAACUAUGACAAAUACUACGGUUAUAGGAACCCGGGUUCUACAGAAGAUCCUCGGCUGCACACUCUCAAGCCUGAGUGGUUUAAAGGGAAAGAAGUGCUAGACUUGGGCUGCAACACAGGCCGCAUCACCCUCACGAUAGCCAAGAACUGGCAGCCUUCACGAAUCGUGGGUUUGGACAUAGACGGCUCUCUGAUCCACGCAGCAAAGCAGAAUAUCCGCUAUUACCUCUCCGAGAUGCAGGUGCUUAAGGCACGUUCAGGAGGUGGAGCGAAGGAGAAGUUGGAGGAAGGAAAGGAGAGGGAAAAGGAUGGAGCGAACAAGGAGGAGGAGAUGGAGGUGUCGGUGGACAAAAAGGAAAGUGCAGUGCCUGAGGAGAAAACGGACAGGCCAGGAGCCUCAGAGGAGGAGAAGCAGAGAGGAAAGGAUGGUGUAAAUGAGCGGGUGAAGACGGAAGAAGAGCCAGCGGAUGUGAAGGGAACGGCUCAAGAGGCUGGAAGUAAACAGAGAGAAGAGAAAAGCGACAUCGCCGUGGACCGAGGAGACGACACGGCCAAAGAAACAGCAGGAGAAAGGGAUGCAGUGAGGACGGACGAAAGAAAAGCACCUUUUUUCUCCUCCAAUGGAAAUCAUCUGUUCCCCGUCUCUCUCCGCAUCUCCAGAGGACCCAUUGCUGCCCCUCCGCUCCCUGAAACACCCACCCUGCCGCCGGGGGACUUCCCUGCCAACGUCACGUUCGUCAAGGGUAACUACGUGUUAGACAGUGAUGCGCUGCUGCUGACUCAGCAUGAGGAGUUUGAUGUGAUUCUGUGUUUGAGCGUAACUAAGUGGGUUCACCUGAACUGGGGCGACGCGGGACUGAAGCGGCUCUUUCAGCGCGUCUACCGCCACCUGCGACCCGGCGGCCUCUUCAUCCUCGAGCCGCAGCCGUGGCACUCCUACAGCAAGAGGAAAAAGCUCACGGAGUCCAUCUCCAAGAACUACUAUAGUAUCUGCUUCAAGCCAGAGCAGUUUUCCUCCUAUCUGACCAGUGAGGUGGGCUUCUCCAGCUACGAGCUCAUUGGGACCCCCAACAAUUUAUCCAGAGGUUUUCAGCGGCCGAUCUACGUGUUUCACAAAGGCCCAGCUCCUCGACAGUGACCUCUUAAAAACCAGGCUGACCACUCUAGGAGUCGUUUAAACGAUGAGGAGUGAGCCAGGACACAUUCGCCGACAGACUGGAACUGAUGAGUCAACUAAACGUCCUUUUGUAAGUGUGAGAUCGAAAUCAGCCUUCGAACUCUGGAGUGUUUGGAACUGUAUUUAAAACCCGUCGUGGUUGGUGCAGAGAAAGAAGGCGCUGGAGGGCAAAUGUAGAACAUUUUAUUGCCUUGUUACAAAUCAGCCCCAGUGGAACCCUAAUAGAACUGAUCAGCCUAAAGUGUCAGACUGAAAUGGAUCGCCUGGAAGCGCCAUCGUUACACAACGAAAGGGAGAAGGAUUUGUAGGAUUCGAGCUUUUUAACACGGUCACAUUUGAUCAGCUUUUGCCCCCCGUUCUCUUUUUGCGCACAAACGAUGAAGUUGUGUGUUUUCGAGGAUUUAUGUAGACGUUUUUCAGUUGAUGUCUCAGAAGAUUUGUGUUUUUCAUUUGCUUGUAAGGAAUGUUUGGUUUGUUUUCUUCACUCCCGUUCAGGUUGGUGACGUUUACUUCUGUUCUUUUUCUUGUUUUCUUCCUUUUUUUUCUGUGAUUUCCUUUCCUCUCAAAUUCAAAAACAGUUGCCAACUCACAGCCUCCAGAUAAGUAGAGUGAUCUGAACAGGCCUUUAUGUCUUUAUAGAUGCUCCAACCAUCCAAACAUAACUAUUUUUCUCUUUUCUCUUCAAUCUGAUCAGUUUAAAGCCAACCUUUCUGCUCACUCAUACAAUAAAACCUCCUUCGAGAA